AUGGCGGUACAUGCCUCAGACACGGGACAUAGAAUAGAUCUGGAGAAUGUGGAAGUUCUGAGACGGGGACUGCGAUUCACACCACAGCGGCUGGUAACCGAGGCGGUGGAAAUUACCACGCUUCACAACGUGAAUAGAAUUGAGGGUGUGGAACUGGCGAGCGUAUGGAAAGCGGUCUUAGAUAAGCCGAGUCGGCACGUGACGCGACGUCAUUCGGGCCGUCCCACAACUGGGGUUAAGAUUUAUCAACAGAAUCUGAUUGAUCCACUCGUUGUGUCGAAAAAGAUGGACUCAAGCAAAUCUCUACAAACACAUGUGUGGAAAUUUUAA